UCGGCCAUUGUUUCGUUUUUUGUUUCUGGUUCUGGGUUGAUUGAGAGAUGGGGGUUUUCUCCUCCUGGAUUUGUUCUUGUUGUUGAAUGGCGGUGGUUGUUGGUAUGGGGAUUAGUUUGAACGGUUGAAUAGAUGGAAUGGAGGAAGCUUGGAUGGACGCGCCCGAGACGCGCGCAUCACGUGAUUUAUAUAGAUUCGGCCGCCAGUCGGAGGGACUUGUUCUCUACCUGUUUAUUUCUUCAAUCCUUCCAAGUAAUAGAUCUAUUCGGGACAAGAGUAUACGUAAUUUUAAAAUCGAUAGUGCAGUAGUUCUGGCCACGCCAACCGACCAGGUCUCCGGUUGUAUACUCCCCAGUGUCGGCUCCAAGUUGGCCCGAUACUAUGGUCUUAUAGACCACCGCAUGUAUCGGAAUAGCACGUUGGCAUCGGUGUAUUGGCUCAUCCAGUAUCACCGGGCCUUCUCGUGGAACUACUCGAAGCGCACCAAAGCCACGGACAGAGCGAAUAUAUAAAUAUAAUGUCCGACAGGCUCUAACAGAUACCAAUCCCGCUUGCGUCACUCAUCAAGCACUAGGACAGAAACAAGAGAACAGCAGAAUGAUUAAACGCCGCGCUCUCCCCAUU